AUGUGUGACUUCAGGCUUAACUCUUUCCCUCCCACCAACAAACUGCAUAUAAUCAAUUCACUUCUUUAUUAUAUCCGUGGCAUUAAACACAAUCACACCUUAGUUGAGGUCAAGAUACUCACCAAUCACCGUAUUCACACCAAAGAUGUUACUGUGGUCCCUGAUCUACAAGUCAUUAUGAGUAAUUUUACUAUUGGGUGCAUUACCAAACCAGAGAUACUGUGGAUUAGGGAUAUGGGAUUUUCACAGAAUAGGGAUGCCAUGGUGAGGAAGAUGACAAUAAUGGUCAAUAAAAUACUUUCAGUCUCCCUCUUGCUUCUUAGUUUUAUUAGCGAGUAUUGUAAAUGGACGUCCCCACAAACAGGAAAGAAGCUUACUUUCAAGCAAUUCCAUCCCAAGAAAACUGAGCAAACAAUGUUUGGGCCAGUCAUUGUUGAAGGUCACUAUUGA